AUGGCGGCAGCUACGUCUCGACCUCUUGAGUACCUGGAGAGCCUACCUGGCACCACAUUCUUCAAGCUUUAUCAACAGCCAUCGACCGCCCUCGCCAUUUUUCGGCGCAUGUUACCUGAUCUAGCAAAAUGUUUUGUCAUGGCUCUUUUAUAUCUCAAGGAUCCUCUUCCAACCGCUGAUCUCGAAAUCUGGGUCAAGUCCGAAAGCAAAAAGGAAAGGGAUAAUGCACUUUCGAUUCUGGGAAGGCUCCAUAUUCUUUCAACUACUUUGACGGGAAAAAACGUCCGGGCAUAUAUGGUCACUAAUCCCUUCGCGUCCUCCCUCCGACAAGCUCUCAUGGGCUCUGAACAGUCUCAAUCCUUCGGCGUCUUCUCCCAAGCCCCAGACAACCAUGCAGUCUCAAUACCUUAUUUGGACGAAUAUGCGCGACGACAAUGGGAAUGUGUCUUGGGAUAUAUGGUGGGAACAAGUGCGCUAAGUGGAUCGCGUGAUAUCACUCUGAGCAAAGGUGUGAAACAACUUCUGCAAGCUGGUCACCUCGUUGAAAUCCGGGGCAACCGCGUGGAUAUCACAAAGGAUGGCUUUGGAUUUGUUCUUCAAGACGUCAAUACCCAAGUCUGGCACAUCUUGAUUCUUUACGUCGAAAGCGCCCAUGCCAUCGGAAUGGACAGUGUCGAGGUGCUAUCGUUCCUGUUUCUGCUGAGCAGUCUGGAGUUGGGAGAAUGCUACGAGAAGAGUGGAUUAAAUUCGAUUCAACUCCGCACUCUGACUGACUUGGCCGACUUUGGUAUUGUUUACCAAGAAUCACCAGAGGCAACGCGCUUCUACCCAACACGACUUGCGACAACUCUGACCUCCGAUUCAAGUGCACUGAGCGCCCCUGCCUCCGGCUCACUAACUGGACCUGUCGGUCCAUCUGGUAAUAGCGCCAGCUCAGGGUUCAUCGUGAUCGAAACCAACUACCGCCUCUACGCCUAUACCUCAUCCCCUCUACAGAUUUCACUCAUAUCCCUUUUCACAAACCUGAAAUACCGCUUUCCAAACCUUGUCACUGGUAAAGUCACCAGACAAUCAGUGCGGCGAGCUAUUGAGAUGGGCAUCACAGCCGACCAGAUCAUCUCGUACUUGUUGACGCAUGCACACCCCCAGCUCCGCAAACACAAUGCGUCCACAUCAGCCGGUGUUCCACCAUCUAUUCUUCCUCCUACCGUGACGGAUCAGAUCCGACUUUGGCAGCUUGAACGAGAUCGUCUCAGAGCUACUGCUGGCUUCCUUUUCAAGGACUUUGCCACUCUAGUCGAAUACCAGGCUCCAUGCCAGUAUGCCGAAGACAUCGGUGUCUUAGUUUGGAAAUCAGACAGAAAACGCAUGUUCUUCGUAUCACGGCAUGAAGAAGUUGCAAAGUUUCUUAGAGGCAGGAAAUGA